UCUCUCUCUCUCUGAUGCGGGGAGCAGCGCCGUGUGUGUUUGUGCGUGUGUGUGUGCGAGCGUGUUGCUGAGAGAUGAUGAAACGUCCGCGUCAGUGAGCCGUUGGGAAGCUUCUCCCUGCCUGAGGAUGUGAGAGAAUUGGAGGCUGAACGAGGGAUCCACUCCAUCCUGCAGGCCGAGCCGUCUGCACAGGCCUGCUUUCCCUCUUUCUCUCUCUCUCUCCAUCCUCUCUUUCUCUCGUGAGGCAUCUCUCACCCUUUUUUCCCUCCUUGUUCUUCCUCCGUGGAGCAAGGGGAUCGUCAUCCCCCCAUCGAUUCUCUCUCUUUUUUGUGUGUGUGGUGGUGGCUCCCUCCUCCUCUUCCUCCUCCUCCUCCUCCCCCCCUCUCUCCAUCUCCACCACCUCCUCUCUCUCUCUUUUUUUUCUCUAUUCUUCAAGAGGACCUCUUUGGAAUAGCAAACCUCCAUGUAUGACAAUUUGUACCUGCAUGGAUUUGAAGACUCGGAGGCGGGUUCAGCUGAUUCCUACACUAGCAGGCCGUCUGAUUCAGAUGUGUCGUUGGAGGAGGAGAGGCCGGAGGGGGGCAGUCAGGGCCGGCAGGAGCGAGAACAGCAGGCUCAAUUACAGCUGGAGAGGGCAAAGGCCAAAGCGGUGGCCUUCGCCGUGAAGACAAAUGUCAGCUACUGUGGUGCGCUGGAUGAAGAUGUGCCUGUGCCAGGAACCGCCAUCUCAUUCGAUGCGAAAGACUUCCUGCACAUCAAAGAGAAGUUUAAUAAUGACUGGUGGAUUGGGAGGCUGGUAAAAGAAGGCUGUGAGAUUGGCUUUAUCCCCAGUCCCCUGAAGCUGGAGAAUAUCAGAGCACAGCUGGAACAGAAGAAAAGCAGAGUACAAGGCAAGCAGAAACAGAAAGUGACUGAACAUGUGGCUCCCUAUGAUGUUGUGCCUUCCAUGAGGCCUGUGGUUCUGGUUGGUCCAUCCCUGAAAGGAUAUGAGGUCACUGAUAUGAUGCAGAAAGCUCUUUUUGACUUCUUAAAACACCGGUUUGAUGGCAGGAUAACUAUCACACGUGUGACAGCAGACAUCUCACUGGCGAAGAGAUCAGUGCUUAACAAUCCCAGCAAGAGAGCCAUUAUUGAGCGCUCAAACACCAGAUCCAGCCUUGCUGAGGUACAGAGUGAGAUUGAGCGUAUAUUUGAACUAGCUCGAUCGCUCCAGCUGGUAGUGUUGGACGCAGACACCAUCAACCAUCCUGCUCAGCUGAUGAAGACUUCACUAGCACCCAUUAUCGUCCAUGUCAAAGUGUCCUCGCCGAAGGUCCUCCAGAGGCUCAUCAAGUCCAGAGGAAAGUCGCAGAGUAAACACCUCAACGUACAGCUCGUAGCGGCUGACAAACUAGCGCAGUGUCCUCCGGAGAUGUUUGAUAUUAUCUUGGAUGAGAAUCAGUUGGAAGACGCCUGCGAGCAUUUGGCGGAGUAUCUGGAGGCAUACUGGAAGGCCACACACACCUCCAGCAGUACCCCGCUCAACCCGCUGCUGGGCAGAAACCUUGGCCCAGCUGCCCUCGCCCCGUACACUACAUCUGCCAUAUCUGGCUUGCAGAAUCAACAGGGGCAAAAAACACGGCACGCCAACCACACCGGGGACCACUCCACCCCCAAUGAACGGCGCAACUUGAUGACCUCAGACGAGAACUACCACAACGAACGGGCGCACAAGGGACGAAACCGGGGCUCCUCUGGCUCGCAGCACGGUGGCAGCGGUAGAGACCACCACUACAUGGAGGAGCAGCAGGGCUACCAGGACCCCUACCAGGACACCUACAAGCCCCACCGCAACCGCAGUUCCCCGGGCAGCUACAGCCAGGACUCACGACACCGGCUCUGAGAAGCUCCGGCCCGUGUCCUCCUCCAAGCCUGAGCCACCGAGCCAAGAUGGCUUCUGUCCAGAAUUGUACACAUCUUCCAUUUGGUUUUCGUUUCAUUAGGGUCUCCUGAGCUACAAAGCAGAAACUUUGUUUUUAACCCCUCCCGAACCUGUACCAUCUGACCGAAGCCUGCACAUCCACAAGCUUAACACAAGGCUCUCUGGGAAAAGGAGACCAUUCGACAUGCAAUGCAGCAGAAACUUGACACUUGUUAUGUUUUCACUUGUUAAUAUGCUUGUUGAUUUUUGGUUUGGUCAAUUCUGUUGCAAAAGGGCAGGUUUUCCUUCUACCAAGCAGCUGUUUUACUUUCAGAUGGAAUGGAAUGAUUGCUUGGCCCUAAAAAGCGAACGUUCUGUGAAGCUAGAUUCAGCAGAGAAUCAGAAAGUAUAUACUGAAUAAGGAGCUCAUUUAGUCUUUGUUUGCCAGCAUGUUACCUGACCGCAUGCUUCCCCCUGUCAUUAGUGCAUAACUUGAGCGGAAAGACCAGAAGAUGACGCGCUGUGAUCAUUGCCCCAAGAAAAAUGGCUGCCAAACUGGAACAUUUCAAUCCUAACGUAACACAAACCUACUGCCAGCUGUCUUUUGUUACAGAAAUGGAAUCUUAAUACCUUGAUCUUGGAGUUUUCCGAUCUCAUGCGACUGAAUUUCCACAUUAUUUGAGCAGUAAAUAGCAGGAAUCCUAGAUUCAGCCACUUUAGCAUGAUGCACUGCAUUCUAGCACUCAUUCGUUCUUUUUCUAGUUAGGAAGACAGCUUAAAGAGAACAUUGGAAUGCUGAACUAAAGUGUCGCCGUGAUCUAGUCCUCAGUAGAGUUAGCAAGCGUUCACAAGAUUCAUUUUCAUUUGAAAGCUGAAAUUGGAGCAUUUGGGUAAUUAGUUUACUUAAAAAAAGAGCAUUUUCCUAAAUGUAACUCUGGGAUGGACAGGUUUAUUUGAAUCUUUGGAAGAUGACUGGCUGCCUGUGCUCCACCCUGCCAACCGAGGCCAACGCCGUCCGGUCUACUUCAGUAGAUACACAGUGCCCUCCUCAGUGGCUCAAAUGCUACAGACUCAACCCACCAAGUUGUCGUUCUUCUGCUCGUAUGUUUUCAGCGUAAAUAGGACAGUCCGAGGACAAGUAGAUCCUCAAAAAGUGGAAGCUUUCAGACCCAAGGCCUUGGCACACCAUGGAUUUCCUCGCCUGCAUAUUCCUGCCUUAUUGAUUUAUGCUAGUUUGUGCAUUUUCAGAAGAAUACAUUUAAAAGAAAAAACAAACUGAGGACCGCAUUCUGUAUGCAUUUGUCUAUGAGCAUGCUUCUCUGUUAAUUAUAUAAUGAGGAUGAAUGAACAUGAGGAAUCUGGCAGUCGAUGCCCAUUUGACUAAAUGAAAAGAAGAAGAAAAACUCAUCUCUGAAUUUGCUGCCUGAGACAAUCAGAUGGAACUUCUCUGUAAAACCGGAACGUUGUUCAUCCCUUUCCCGUCAUCCCGCUCUCUUUCCCGUUUCACAGCAGCUUCAUCUGAGCUCCAGAUUAAAAGAAUAAAAAUGUGUCCAUUCUUUUCCUUUUUUUGUGAAAAUUAAAGAUGGAAAUGCAAAACUGCAUGCAUAUCAUUUUAAUUUAUUACAAAUUUGACAGAAAACUAAUGUUUUAUGGAAUAUAAUUGUGUAAAAGGCAAAUCUAGCAGUAUUUCAGUUCUUUUACAAAAAAGAAAAGAAGAAAAAAUAAAUGGUCAUUUUGAAACUU